GAUCGGGAUAUUCUAUCAUGUGAACUCGGAUCGGAUCUACAAGCGUUACUAUUUUUCACAUCACGCGUUUUUUCCAUUUUCUCUUGACGAUGCUUAAGAUGCUUUGGUCUACCCUUCUGUCACUGGCGGCGUCUGUCGACGCAGCGCCACAGACCACACCGAUCAAGGGCCCUGGAAGUAACAGCCUCAUUCGAUUUGGUUGUAGCCAAGUCGUUAUCGAGCGACUUGAUCCCCUCGUGAAUCCGGGAGUGAACCCAUCUCCCCAUUUGCAUCAAAUUGUCGGAGGAAACGCCUUCAACGCUUCUAUACCGUCCACCGACGUCUCUAGUCUUGCUACAUGCACAACAUGCACUUUCAGCGAUGACUUUUCCAACUACUGGACGGCGAACCUUUAUUUCAAGGCCCGAAAUGGAACUUACAAAAGGGUGCCCCAGAUCCCAAACAGAUUCUUUGAAGGGGAACAGGGCGGUGUCACUGUAUACUAUGUCUCUCCAGGGAAGAAUACAGUCACCGCUUUCAAACCUGGAUUCCGUAUGCUAUUUGGCGACUCUAUGCGUCGCGAGAAACUGGGGUCCGGUUUAAAGUCCCAGAGCUGCUUCCGUUGCUUCACCGGUCCGAAUUUCAAAGGGGACGAUUAUUCCCCUUGCGCCGAUCCUAAGCUGGAUACCGAAGCUUUUCCAUCUGUACCUUGUUUAGGUGGCAUUCGAUCAAACAUUCAUUUCCCCACUUGUUGGGAUGGAGAGCGCUUGGAUACUCCGAACCACCAAGACCACGUGGCUUACCCAGUUGGGGGUCCUUCGUCAUUCGCGACUACUGGAAAUUGCCCAUCGACUCAUCCUAUCAAGAUCCCACAGGUUAUGCUUGAGAUUGUUUGGGAUACAACUGGAUUUAACAACCCAGAUGACUGGCCACAGGACGGCUCUCAACCGUUUGUUUUGAGCACAGGAGACAAUACCGGUUAUGGACAGCAUGCGGAUUAUGUCUUUGGUUGGAAAGAUGAUGCUCUGCAGAGGUUGAUGGAUAACGGUUGCUUCGGUAAUACCUGCACCGGGGUCAAAACACAGGAAUUUGCAGAGGCGAACAAAUGCUCGGUACCGAAUACCGUCGACGAGGUCACUGAAGGAUGGCUUGAACAACUUCCUGGUGACGGUAGUGGUGCUUAG